CUUAGUCAUGUUUAAAGAGAACACAUACGAAUAUACCAAUUUAGUGGAUGCUGUCUUGAGCAAUCCUCGUCAUAUACCUGAACAUAAACCCAUGUAUAUUGAUUCAGCAACAGACGAGACAAUCACGUUUGGUGAAUUCAAAAUCCUCAUCAGACAAAUAACAGCAGGUCUGAUCAAAUUUGGUUUAAAAAAAGGGGAUUGUGUCUCUGUAUUUAGUCCCAACCAUAUUCAUGUACCUGCCUUUAUGUUAAGUACACAUGCAGCGGGUGCCCAUGUGAGUCCCUCCAAUCCUAUUCUUAGUGUUCAAGACUAUGAAAAGCAAUUAAGACUGUCAAAGGCAAAGUUUAUUUUGGCUCAUCCAAUCAGUUUGAAGGUAGCACUUUUGGCUGCUACAGCAGUGGGUAUUCCUCAUGCUCAUGUGUGGUCCAUUCUUCCUGAUGAUCAACAUCGAGCCGCUUAUUGGAAAGAUAAGUUGUGUACUCAAGAAAAAGAAGAAGCAGAUCCUAUACCACUGACAGCUCAAGAGAGCAGGGAUACCUUGACUUAUAUUUGUUUCUCAAGUGGUACAACAGGUCCUCCUAAAGGAGUUCAAAUUAGCCAUCAAAACUUUAUUGCUAAUACCAUUGAACUUGACAACACAUUGAAAAAGAGUUCCACCUAUAAUAACACAGGUGCUUUACUUGCCAUUGUGCCUUUCUUUCAUAUCAUGGGUAUCUUUCGGUUUAUUCAUAUGGCCAUUUAUGAUGGACGAACUACUAUUGUCGUAGCCAAAUAUGAUGUAGAGCAUAUGUGUCACAUGAUUGACAAGCAUCAAGUAUCUUCGCUUUACGUUGUUCCUCCUAUGUUAUUGCAUAUGUUGAAUAACCCUAGUAUUGCUGACAAGUACAAGUAUUCAAGUGUAGAAGCAGUGCAUGUGGGUGCUGCACCUGUAUCUCUUUCAUUGGCUCAGAACUUUCAAAAGAAAUUCAAUAUACCUGUCUUGGGUGGCUAUGGUAUGACUGAAACGGCUUCUAUUUUAGCUAUUCAAACCAUUGAAAACUAUGCACCUGGGUCUGUAGGACAUAUGAUUGGUGGUAUUGAUACUAAAGUAAUAGAUGAAGAUGGACAAGCUUUGCCUAUAGGUUCUACGGGCGAGAUUUGUAUCAAGGGGCCCAUUGUCAUGCUCGGUUAUAUUGAUAACCCAGAAGCCACUGCUGAAUCAAUCGACAGCGAAGGCUAUCUUCACACAGGUGAUAUUGGCUAUGUAGAUAAAUUAGGCAACUGGUACAUUGUAGAUCGUUCCAAGGAAUUAAUCAAAUAUAAUGCGUUUCAAAUUGCCCCUGCUGAACUAGAAGAUGUCUUGCUUAAAUGUCCUUUGGUAGCUGAUGCUGCUGUCAUUGGUAUUUACGAUGAAAAGAACAUGACAGAAGUUCCUUUGGCAUACAUCACCUUAAAUGAAGCCUAUAAGACACAAGAUAAAGCAACGAUCAAGCAAGCCAUUCAUGCCUUUGUGAAUGAGCGUGUUGUUUAUUAUAAGAAGUUAAGAGGUGGCAUUGAAUUUAUUGAUCUUGUUCCCAAAAAUGUGUCUGGCAAGAUCUUGAGAAAAGAUCUUCGUGAAAUGUACAAGAACAGCAAGCAAAAAGCCAAAUUGUAAGCUGUACUUUAAACCCUCUCCUCUUUUUUUU